AUGUAUGGGACGAGCACCAUCAUUGCUCCAAGCAGGCAGGCGAUAGUAGUAACUAUUAUGGCGUGGACCAAAUUGAUGUUUGCCUCAGCUGUUGCUUCCAGCUGCGUCCCGCCGCUCCAGCCAGCACUUGCUGAUGUUCCUGGACUGCUGCUUGAUGUGUUCAGCAUCGUUCUAACGUGA